AUGGAAAAUCAGCUAUUUUGCAAGGCCUUGAAGUGUACCUUCCACGUAACAUCUGUGGAAUACCUUGGUAUAAUUGUCUUGGAUAAGGGAUUCAGCUUGGAUAAGCUCAAAAUCCAAGCAGUUCAGGAAUGGCCCACACCCACAAAGGUCAAAGAAGUUCAGUUGUUCUUAGGAUUUGCCAACUUCCUGCGUCAAUUUGUUGCCAACUUCAGCCACAUGGCCAGGCCCUUACACAACCUAGUCAAGAAGGACACUCCUUGGAAAUGGGACACUAAGGAACAGGAGGCUUUCCAAGGCCUAAAGGAAGCCAUAACCAAUGCCCCAGUACUCCGCCACACUGACCCUGCAAAACCUUACUUCCUGGAAACAGAUGCAUCCAGUGUGGCUCUGGGCUCCAUCCUUAGUCAACAACAGGAAGAUGGGCGCCUACAUCCACUUGGUUUCCUAUCCAAAUCAUUCAAAGGAGCCAAGCAGAACUAUGACACACACAAUAAGGAGCUUCUAGCAAUCAUCUGCUCCUUUGAGUAUUGGCGCAUAUUCUUGGAAGGAACAGAACACCCAAUCACUGUUUUCACAGACCACUGCAAUCUAGAGUAUUGGAAGGAAUCCUGCACAUUCAAUCAACAACACGCACAAUGGCACCUACUCUUGGCUGGUUACAACUUUCAAAUUGUCUACAGACCAGAGAAGCAAUCCAGAAAACCCAACGCCCUGUCACACCAACCCAAUCAUGCCAAUAUCCCACCUACCAACCAAACCAUGCUCCCCAACCCUGUCUUUGCAAAUGUGGCACUAGUACUACCGGACAAGGAACUGCAACGCCAGAUCAAAUCAUUGCUUGAUCAGGAUGAGUCCCUGGAGGAAAUCCUCCAAUUCCUGCAAAACAAGUCCAAGGCACCUCCCUCCAUCAAACGCGCUUUCAAGGAUUACAAAAUGGAGGCAGGUCUUCUCUUCUACCAAGGAUGCAUUGUAGUUCCAGAUGUAGGGACCUUAAGGACAGACCUGCUACGCAUCUUCCAUGCUAGUCCCAUAGCUGGUCACCCUGGAAGGCAACAAACCUUAGAAUUGGUCUCUAGGAAUUACUACUGGCCAGGCAUCCAUGCAGAUACGUACUGGCAUGUUGAUUCCUGUGAAACUUGCCAGAGAAUCCAGAAGCCAAGAUAA